AGACACACACACCAGCAGCUACACCUACACGCUGACCAUCACAGGCACACAGAGGCACAUCCACCUCACAUCCACCUCAUACUUGUGUACUCUCAGGGUUCAAUCUUUCAUCCUAUCCCUCUCUGAUCUGUGCCUCCCAAUACCUUCCAAGAUGUUUACAGAGACCCUUCUCCCUGUGCAGUUAGGAGUGUAAGGCAAGACAGCCCCUACUUCAUGGGGCAGAUCAAGAGCUGAGACCAAAGAUGGUCUAUGUUGCUGACCUUGUCCUGUCCUCCUGCUGUCUUAAACUAUGAUCCCUGCUGCGGUCACUGAAGCCUUUCCCUGUCAGACCAAGGCCUCUUCCCUUGCUCUUUAUGGAAGCCAGCCUUGUCUGCCUCUUUAGAGAUUCCAUCAGUGUAGACAGUCUGCUUGGUGGUUAAGAUGUAGACUCUGGUGCCAGACUAACUGGGAUUGAAUCCUGGCUCUGCCACUUACAGGCCUUGUGAUCAUGAGCAGGAAGAAAAUCUCAUUUGAAAAGCCCAGAACUAUUCUGUUACACAGAAGACCAGGAAAGAGAAGUUUAAAACCAAGUCUAAGAAAAGUCCCCAGGGUCACACAGUUCAUAAGCAACAGAGCCAGGAUUCCAGCACCUGGUCUGAAUGACCCAGAAGCCAGGACUUUUCCCCCGCACCUCUACAUCAGGCGUGCUGGAGCAGGAAGCGGUCAGGCAGCCCCACUAGGAGUAACAAAGAUGGGAUCACAGAGCCUUGGAACUGGGGGUGGCUCCUUCAUGAGACCAUGGUGCCACCUACUGGCAGAAAGGGAAGGGGUGUACACAGAGCGCUAAGAGAAGACUGGGAAGGGGAAAAAGAAAAAGAUGGGGAAGGAGAGGAGAUGGAAAGAUGAAGGGAGGGGAAAAAUGGGGAAUGUGAGGUUUCAUGGAGGGAAGAGGAUUAGGAACUAUUUGCUACUCGGAGGAGAGAGCGGAAGCUGCCAAAUCUCAGUCAUUUCCUUGAAAGUGAGCAGUGGUGUGUGAGAGCCAGGCGUCCCUCUGCCUGCCCACUCAGUGGCAACUCCCGGGAGCUGUUUUGUCCUUUGUGGAGCCUCAGCAGUUCCCUCUUUCAGAACUCGCUGCCAAGAGCCCUGAACAGGAGCCACCAUGCAGUGCUUCAGCUUCAUUAAGACCAUGAUGAUCCUCUUCAAUUUGCUCAUCUUUCUGUGUGGUGCGGCCCUGUUGGCAGUGGGCAUCUGGGUGUCAAUCGAUGGGGCAUCCUUUCUGAAGAUCUUCGGGCCACUGUCGUCCAGUGCCAUGCAGUUUGUCAACGUGGGCUACUUCCUCAUCGCAGCCGGCGUUGUGGUCUUUGCUCUUGGUUUCCUGGGCUGCUAUGGUGCUAAGACUGAGAGCAAGUGUGCCCUCAUGACGUUCUUCUUCAUCCUCCUCCUCAUCUUCAUUGCUGAGGUUGCAGCUGCUGUGGUCGCCUUGGUGUACACCACAAUGGCUGAGCACUUCCUGACGUUGCUGGUAGUGCCUGCCAUCAAGAAAGAUUAUGGUUCCCAGGAAGACUUCACUCAAGUGUGGAACACCACCAUGAAAGGGCUCAAGUGCUGUGGCUUCACCAACUAUACGGAUUUUGAGGACUCACCCUACUUCAAAGAGAACAGUGCCUUUCCCCCAUUCUGUUGCAAUGACAACGUCACCAACACAGCCAAUGAAACCUGCACCAAGCAAAAGGCUCACGACCAAAAAGUAGAGGGUUGCUUCAAUCAGCUUUUGUAUGACAUCCGAACUAAUGCAGUCACCGUGGGUGGUGUGGCAGCUGGAAUUGGGGGCCUCGAGCUGGCUGCCAUGAUUGUGUCCAUGUAUCUGUACUGCAAUCUACAAUAAGUCCACUUCUGCCUCUGCCACUACUGCUGCCACAUGGGAACUGUGAAGAGGCACCCUGGCAAGAAGCAGUGAUUGGGGGAGGGGACAGGAUCUAACAAUGUCACUUGGGCCAGAAUGGACCUGCCCUUUCUGCUCCAGACUUGGGGCUAGAUAGGGACCACUCCUUUUAGGCGAUGCCUGACUUUCCUUCCAUUGGUGGGUGGAUGGGUGGGGGGCAUUCCAGAGCCUCUAAGGUAGCCAGUUCUGUUGCCCAUUCCCCCAGUCUAUUAAACCCUUGAUAUGCCCCCUAGGCCUAGUAGUGAUCCCGGUGCUCUACUGGGGGAUGAGAGAAAGGCAUUUUAUAGCCUGGGCAUAAGUGAAAUUAGCAGAGCCUCUGGGUGGAUGUGUAGAAGGCACUUCAAAAUGCAUAAACCAGUUACAAUGUU